UAUUCUAGUAACCCAGAAAAAUGGCCAAUACAUAUCCGAUCUUCUGUAUUUUAUUAAUUUAAUGUUCUAUUCGUUGAUUCCGUGUCGAUUUGUAUAAAUACAUAUAAAUACGUACCGGCCACGUCAAAAGAUAAUUUAAAAAAAUGAUUGAGAUAGAAUCAAUGACCAGGUAUGUCUCACCAAUUAAUCCAACUGUAUUUCCAGUAUUAGCACUUGUAUUACUUGGAAUCGGAAUUUUUUUCACUGCCUGGUUUUUCGUUUACGAAGUAACGAGUACGAAAUUUACUAGAGAUGUAUACAAAGAGUUAUUAGUAUCUUUUGUUGCUGCAUUAUUUUCUGGUUUUGGAGUUCUAUUCUUGAUGUUGUGGGUUGGAAUUUACGUAUAGUCUCAACUUUAUUACUCAUUGCCAAAUGAUUUUUUUUCUCUGAAAUACUGUUGUUUCAACAUUCCAUCGCUAAUAUAUAAAAAUGAAAUGCAAUAAAAUAUAUUCUAAUCUUAAUUUUAAUACACAGAAAUAAAUGUAAUUAUACCAUGA